AUGGCCGCCAGCACCCUGUGGGAACUUCCCGUCCUCCCAUCCUCGGUGGCCGUGGGCAGCAGAGGGAUGGCCACUCAGCUGCUGACUGACGAGGCCCUGGAAGCAGUGACAUUCAGGGAUGUGACUGUGGACUUCACCCAGGAGGAGUGGCAGCAGCUGGAGCCUGCCCAGAAGGACCUGCACAGGGAGGUCAUGCUGGAGAACUACAGGAACCUGGUCUCACUGGAAACAAUCAUAGAAAGACAGAAAAUGGAAAAAGAAACUAUGAAGGACAAGAGAUUUAGCACUGUGAAGAAACGCAGUCACAUUUUGAUCAACAGGAAUGGACAGCAACUUCACGUUGGUGGUCCCUGGCCCGAGCGCCCCUGGCCCAAGCACCCCCUGCAGUGGUGUCCCUGUGACGCCUCCCGUCGUGACCACUGGGAAGCUAGACCUGAGAUGGAGGAGGUGGAUUCAGAGGACGACGUUUCGGAAGACAAGCUGUCCAUUGCAGUGGUCGCCUGGGGACACGCCUCCAGGGUGAGGAGGUCGGUGAGGCCACGCAGAGGCGCGCGGGAGCCGCUUGGAGCCCCCUGGGGGGACGCGCUCCCAGCGCCGUCCGACCCCGAGCGCCGUGAGCCCAAGGCGUGUGCCAACCACCGCUCCGCUGCAUGCCCCAGGUCAGAGGGGCCCCGGGAUGAGGCGACCCGCCUCCACGUGAUGCACGGCCAGGGCUCCCCGGGCUCCCCGGGUCCGGCAGAGCGCAGCCCGCCCCCCGCGCCCUGCACUAAGUCCUUCAGCUGCGAUGAGUGCAGCAAGGCCUUUGGCCAGAGCUCGUCCCUGGCCAAGCACCAGCGCGCCCACUCGGGCGAGCGGCCCUUUGUCUGCGCCGCCUGCGGGAAGCACUUCCUGGAGCGCUCAUCGCUCACGUGCGGCAAGGCCUUCCGCAAGAUGUCGUCGCUCACGCAGCAUGCGCGUGUGCACACAGGCGAGCGGCCCUACGUGUGCGCGGACUGCGGCAAGGCCUUCAGCCAGAACAUGCACCUGGUCGUGCACCGGCGCAUGCACACGGGCGAGCGGCCCUACGCGUGCUCCGAGUGCGGCAAGGCCUUCAGCCAGAACAUGCACCUGACGGAGCACCGGCGCACGCACACGGGCGAGCGGCCCUUCGCCUGCCGCGAGUGCGGCAAGGCCUUCCCCAAGAGCUCAUCGCUGGCGCUGCACCGGCGCAACCACACGGGCGAGCGGCCCUACGCGUGCGGCGUGUGCGGCAAGGCCUUCAGCCAGAGCGCCUACCUCAUUCAGCACCAGCGCGUCCACCUGGGCACCAAGCCCUUCGAGUGCAGCGCAUGUGGUAAGGCCUUCAGCAAGAACUCGGGGCUCACGCAGCACAGUCGCAUCCACACCGGUGAGAAGCCUUAUGAGUGCUAUGUGUGCAAGAAGCUCUUCGCGGGGCGCUCGUCCCUCGUUGUGCACCAGGCCGUGCACACCGGGGAGAAGCCCUACGUGUGCGGCGAGUGCGGCAAGGCCUUCGGCCAGAGCGCAUACCUCAUCGAGCACCAGCGCAUCCACACCGGCGAGAAACCCUACUGCUGCGGCCAGUGUGGGAAGCGCUUCAUCAAAAACUCCUCGCUCACGGUGCACCAGCGCACCCACACUGGCGAGAAGCCCUACCGCUGCGCAGAGUGUGGGAAGACCUUCAGCCGGAACACCAACCUGACGCGGCACCUGCGGAUCCACACCUGA